CCUGCCACCUGGUGCCUGACAGUCCAUAUGCCUGCUUCCUCCUCACCGACCCUCUUCUCCGGACAACUUCACCCCCUAACUGAUCCUCCCACGACUAUUUCAUCCUCUCCACAAGAGACUUCCCUUGGUUUUGUUUUUUUUUCUCAAAGCAUAACUAUUUUCUUUCUAACCUAAAGCUUCUGCCUCCCUGGAACAUCCUGGCCAGGACUGCAAGAAUGAGGUUGCAUUUAGUUUGCCCAGCAAACUUCAGACAGGUUUUUAAUGCAGCACAAUUGGCUAUAAUUUACACACCCCAUAAUUUGAGGCUCUUGAUCAAGCCUGUGACUUGCUGGGGUCCAUGGUCUGCAUAUAGCACAUAAGACCAUCGUGUGACAGAGCUUGGUGUGGGACUGGGAUUUGUUUAGGCCAACAGGACACCAGCUGCCCAGCUUUACAGUGCCAUCCCCAGCCUUUUGUAUUCUGUUGUUUCCUGGUAAGCCCCAGGUGGAGGACCCUGUGACUUGCAUUUGCAGGCACUCACAUAACACCUUCAGCUCUUCACUUUACAAUCUGUUGGGUGCCAGUGUGUACAACACAGCAUCCUGGUAGGGGAAGGAAUGGGGGUUUAUCUGUAGAUGUGGCUGAGGCAGUGAGAUAAGCAGUAACUGCAUGACAGCCAUUGUAUUUUUUCCUUAUGGAGCCUUGCACUCUGUUUCUAAGCUGCUCACAGGUACAGGUCAGCCUGACAGGUACAGGUCAGCCUAAUGUGAAAUGUCAUCUUUCCAGUAUCCUCUUGCCUUUAUGGUUUUUACUUGACAAAAGAGCAGCUUUCUGGUGUUUCCUUUGCCAUUUCUGUGCUUCUUGCUGGCCAUCUUUUGUACUUCAAAUCUCUUGCCAGGGAGCAGAGAAGACCAGCUGCUCCCUAUGGGGGAGGGAGGUGGGAGGUGAGCAUAACAAGGCAGCUUCUGCCUUGUGGUGCUCGAGUGAGGCAGACCUAGGGAGGGCAGCUGGGUCAACCAAGAGUCUGGGUCAUCAGGUAAGUCUGCUGAUAAGGCAGGUCAUCAGGUAAGUCUGCUGAAGUCAAGCCAGGAGCACUCACCAGGGUCAGGAUCAGCUCCAAUGAUAUUAACCAGGGUCAGAUGCGGUCUACUGAUUGCCAGGCAAGCCCAGAGUGGCCAGGUAAGUCUGAGGCCAGGCUGGGAAGGCAGUCUGCAGAUAAGACAACAAGGUCUAUGGCCAGCACAGGCAUAGCUGUCACACAGUUGGAGACCAGCAUUCCUAUGAUAUAGCCCAGGGUUCAGCUGAAAUGGGGGUCCCAGACCCAUGGGCAGAUGCUGUGGGUAGAAGUCCUGGAGAGGCUGCUUAGGGCCAUUAAAGCCUGUUAGUGCCCUCAGGGCCUUGGCAUCUCUGUGGUAAUAUUUUAAAUCAGCUGACCUACCAGGAAGGCUACCAGAGUGUUUUGGGUUAUUACAGGAGAGUGACAAGCGUGUUUCGUUCACCUUGGGUGUACCCACCUCACAGCAACAGCUGUCACUUCACAUUCUGCUUGUGCAGCAGUUUUACCUUAUUUAUGCCAAUGUAAGUUAGGCUUGGUAGCAAGUGGACUUGAAAGGCUCCUGAGCCAACACAGUAAAAUCUGAAGGAGUUUGACUACCCUUUCUGGAGCCACAACUGCCAGAUGCUUCCAAACUAGCAUUUUGAGAUGUCUGGCUAUGCCCUGGGCCAGUAUGAAGUUUCAGGGUAUUUGUGUCAUCUUAUUCUUUCUUUGCAAAUAUUGGCUCAGCACUGGUUUUAUUGGAAAAUGGUCAUUCCCAAAAUGAGGCAAAUUAGAUGUCUUGAAAACAAGCCUAUUGAGGGUUCCUUUCCCAUUGGUUGCUGCCUCCAUCUUUACACUGUUUUUAUCCUAUGCUCAGCAGGAGAUGCAGUUCCAUACAGUAGAACUGGCCAAGACCUGAGCUUAUUUCUGCAAAUGCCACUGCAUCUGUAGGCUCAGGCAUAUCACUUGCCUUAUGUCUCUGUCUUUUUAAAGGACAAUCAUACAGAGUGAAACACUUGUAAAAUUAAUGGCCCAUAGUCUUAUUUUACUAAUGUCUGUAGUGGACUUUGACAGAGAUCAGAAAGGUGCACUUUUUGCCAUAGUUAUUAUUAAUAUUGAACUCUCAAGUAACAAUUCUGAGGAAAUAAAUUGCACUAUUUUGUUUCCUUUUGCUGUAUCUCAAAACAUACUCUGAUGCUUUCCUGCUCCUUGGAAGCUGCCAGUUAUUAUAUCUCAUGCAAUUGCAGACUAGAAAUACCACAAAAAGGGGGAAACCAUGUGGUGGCAAAUCAUUCAGUGAGCUCUUGCGUUCUAAGGGCCAUGGCUGUCACAUCAGACUCCUUCUAAGACAAUUUCCUUUUAAUCUGUGUACCCACAAAGUAACUCUCAGAGACAGGUAUGGAACAGGUCCUGGCUAUGUUCAAUUGAUCCCACCAUACCUUGGCUUUUCCUUUUCUCCAAAGCCCCUAGUUUUACCUAUUACUUCCUUAACCCCCUUUUCCUUAUUUCAGGCUCAUGGAUCUGCCCUUAUCUCCUCUCUCAAUCUCUCUGAACUCUCCCAGGUCUUAGCACCCAGCCAGUUCCUCAUCACAGUCCCUCUGCGUGGCCUGACUGGGUACAGGGAAUGCCAGGUACGGCACUGGCGUUAUUACACCGUAAAUGGAGCCAAGCUCCUCUCCUCCGUGCGGGACCCUGAGGAAUUGCAUCAAUGGCUAGAGGUGGAGCAGUUCUCAAAAAGCCUUCAGCAGUGGCAUGAAGAGGAUGUGAACAUCGAAGGUGAUCUGGUUCCAGCCAAAGUCCUUAUCGUCUUCCGGGAGCUGGUGGAGAAGUCGAUUAUCUCCUGUAACCUCUCCAGUAAAGUGACGGUGCUGGAGAGCUUCAGCUCAGUGGUCCGGGUGGCUGUGGAGACAUCAGAAUCCCAGGUUGAGGUGGAGCUUGUCCCUGCUGUGGAGAUUCCAACUUGCUGGCCUGAGAAGGCCCGGUGGCCUCGUUGCCUCAAGCGUUGGCCUUCUCAGGAAAAAGUGCGGUGCAUCAAGUCACUGGGUUUCGACCUUUUGGCCCGCUCCAAUUAUCACUGGCAGCUGUGCUUCUCCCGUGCUGAGCACAUACUCAUGGAAGGACUUGAUGAAGAUGGUGGUUGUCGCAUGAAGUGCUUCAGGGUCAUGAGGCAGAUGAAGGAGGAUGUCUGGUGUGCUGGAAAUAAGCCUGUCAUCACAGCUUAUCACCUUCAGACAGUGCUAUUCUGGACGUGUGAAAAAUACCCACGCACCAAGGAUUGGCGCUGCUUCCCUGAAGCCUUUCUGAGGCUGGUACAGAAGUUGCACAAGUGUGUAAGCCAGCACUUCCUCAAGCAUUACUUUCUCAAGAACACCAAUCUGCUCAAAUAUGCCAACACCAGUGACCUGGACCUGGUGGCCAGCAAGCUUGCAGUCUUCUUGGAGAACCCAGUCUUCUGCCUGGACUGAAGCAGGCAAAGGUCUCCUCACCCCAACCCUGAGCCAAUCCCCCACCUCCUCUCCCCACCUGCAGUUGUUCUUCAUGUCCUUCCAGUAGAUGUUGCAGCUGGCUUUGUAAGACAGUUGGCACAUGCAGCAUGAAAGAGAAGUGUCAAGCUGGCAGCAGUGGGCGGUGAAAACUGAUGGAAGGUAUCGCUUGAUACCCAGCUGAUCUAAUUUGCUUUCAACUGUGACAGCCUGCCUGGAAGCUACAGCCAGUGAAACCCAACUUCGUGUCAGUCAGAACAGGCAACUGCCUUGUUCUCUGACUCUAGUCUAGUGGCACUUAAGCAGAAAAGCAGUGCAAAGGAGUCUCGCUCUGCUGCCUAUCGCCUCUGUAAUUUAGCACGUGUAUUGUUGCUCCAAUUGCCUUCCUCACAAGGACAGCGGGUUUAAUUGCCUGCUUGCCUCACAGGCCAGCGCUGCAGAAGAACACAGGAACAUUUCUGAGGUGUCCAAAGCUGGAGGCUUUCUUGGAGGCACUUUGAAGUCUCCAUCUCCAAUUCAAUGGGACCCUGCUCCAGUAAGAAGACAACCAUGCUGCUAGUGUUGAAUAGCUCAACAAAAGCAAGAGGAGGAACAGUGGGGUUUUGCCUUCUCUUCAUUUUUCUCUCCUGCACUUAUAUUUUUCUUCCAGUUGCUUCAAAUAUGUUUUCUUCUUGUUUGCCUUUGCCAGUUGUGUUAGUGCCAUACAACCACGAGGCUUUGCCAGAGCAGAUUUCACUCCCAUUCCUGACUCUAUCCAGCAGGCUGGAGGAGGAGCAGGUCUUUCCCUAGUUUUUAGCACCCAUGUAUUUUUUCGGUGCCGUACAGAAGGAGAAUAUUUUUCAAAGGCUGUUAGCUCCAACUCCCCCCCCCCAGUGCUUUUAAUAUUAUGGAUGUUUAGAAAGACAAUCAAUUUAAAUCUUUCAAAAGAACAGAGUUGUAGAAUGAGUGUAAAGAAUGCUGGUUUUAAUGUUAUUAAAUCAGUGAAACUAAACCAAA